AUGGCAUCCAUGACACCCCGACUCAAGGUCCUAUCAGUCGGGGGCAAUCCAGUCUCCGCCUUCCUGUCGUGGAGACUCCAAGCGACAAAUGCCUGCGACGUAACGCUCGUCUGGAAGACGGGUUUCGAGCAUGUAUCGCAAUACGGGAUAUCAUUCAAGUCCCCAGAGUUUGGCAAUGAACGAUUCAAGCCCCGACAUGUCGUACGGACGCCAGAGGAGGCUGCGUCUCGAAGAGAAGGCCCAUUCGACUACGUAAUUCUCUGCAUCAAGGCACUCCCCGACGUUUACGACCUCGCAUCGGUGAUCGAUUCCGUCGUCACACCCCAACACACCUGCAUUCUUGUGAAUACAACUCAUGCCCUUGGCCUCGAGUCUGCGAUCGAAGAACGCUUCCCUACCAAUGUGGUGCUCUCGCUCGUCUGCGGGGCCGAGCUCGCUCAGCUCGGCUCGAGCGAGUUCGAGCACAAGGGCUCGACGGAAAUCUGGGUCGGGGCCGCCAACAAAAACGCCAAUAUCCCACCCACAAUACAGGAGGACAUGGCCCAGGCUCUAGCUAUGACAUUGAGUACGGGCCAAGUGGACUGCAAGGUCUCCUCCAACAUCCGACAGCAACAAUACGAGCGCGUUAUUGGUCCAAUCGCCUUCCAUCCUCUUACGGUGAUUUUCGAAACCCCCGAAUAUGCCGCGCUUCUAGAGAAGGUUGGUGUGCCGAAAUUAGUGUCCGACGUUCUCGACGAGCUGCUUGCUCUGGCAGACGCGCAGGGCUGCAAAUUCCCCCCAGAGUUCAAACAAAACACGAUCGAUGAAUUUGCGAAAUCAACGACCGAGAACAUUAUGUGGCAAGAUUACACGGCAAAGCGACCCAUGGAAGUGGAAACAUAUCUCGGCGCUCCGAUACGGAUGGCUCAGGAGGCCAAGAUCGAAGUCCCGCGGAUCGAAGCCCUCUACGCCAUCCUCCAUAACCUUAAUCUGGUUAACCGGAGCCGCCCAAGAAUCGACACCACGCUCGCAGCGCCGACUCAGCCAGGGUCACCCUCCGCAACUUCCCCGCUUCCGCGUAUGUCGGCCCAGGGGCCUCCUCGGCCUAUGCCAAACGGCAUGCCGAAUGGAAACGGCAUGCCCCGGCCACGCCCCAGGAAUCCGUCGAUGGGCCCCCCUGGCCCAGGAAUGCGCCGACCCCCGGUAUCGAUGAAUGGAGGACCUCCGAAUGGCUACCCACGGCCGCCGCCUAACGGACGCUUGCCGUCGAGACGUGGUUCAAUGGAGGGUGCAGAGUUGGAAGAGUUCGGUCACCUAAUGCACUACGAUGACAUUCCCGAGGGGGGUGAAGCCGCUUUUGGCGCUCACGAGAUGGCUUUGAGGGAGAAGGAGUUGCAACUACGGCAGCGGGAGAUUGCUUUGCGGGAGCACGAGAUGCGGUUGAGGCGGCAGGGCCCGGGGAUGGGUCCGGGAAUGGGCCCAGGUCCCAGGCGCGGCCCACCACCCCCGGCUUCGCGGACGGGUGGCUUCGACGACGACGAUGAGGACGAUGACCUUUUCGAGCCUCUUCCUUCUGGGGCAUCCAUGAUCGAUCCCGACAACUUCGACAUGAUGAGUGUUACGUCCAAGAAGAACCGGAAGGCGCCGAGCAGUGCCGCGCAGUUCCGGAAGAAUCCAGAACAAGAUACCGGCCCCCCGCGCAGUAGGUUCCGGCCAAGCUUCGGCAGGAAUCGUUCAAGUCAGGUUAUGGCCGGAGCGCCUGCUAUGCAUGGAGACAUCAUGGACGACCCUCUACUGGGUUUCACUUCGAACCGAUAUGGGGCGGUAGACCGGGGAGCAAUGCACGCCGGCUCUAGGACGAACUCUCUCACGACCGCCCGCCUCGAUGAACUCCAAUACAACCAAGGACCACCGCCCAUGGGCCCGAAUGGGGCCCGACGGGUUAGCAGCCAAUCGCCGGGGAAUCCAUAUAGUCCGUCGAUGCGCGGGGGUGUCCCAGGCGGGCGUCCCUCGCCGCCAAAUGGCUUUCAUCCUUCUCCGCAGAUGAACGGUGGUGGCGGGCGCCCAUCGCCUCCCGAUGGCAUGCGGCAACCCAUGCCCCGUUAUCCACCCGGCCACGGCAAUGUUGUGGCACCACAACAAGUCGAGCAGCACGCUGGGGUGAGCGCCCUCCAUCCACCCAAGACGAAAAGUGCACGAAGUCUGACCGGUAGUGCGAGCGCCAGCGCGGGGAGUGGUGAUUCCGCCCACCUCGACUCGGAGCCCUCGGCGCACAGCAGCCAGAGCAGUUUAGGCCCCCGUCCGCCGAUUGGCGUCCGCUAA